AGCAGUGAUAGGUGUGUCUAUACCUAUAUAGAGGAACAACCAACUGAUACAGAGUGCAACACAACACUGUUGGCGCCUCAGGAAUGACGAGCUGAUAGCUGCAAAACAAAAGGGGCAGUGAGUGACUGGCCAUCUGGAAUUUGGGCAAAUGCCAGAAGGGCCGCACCCCUAUGGACCCCUAUGGGCCACUACUGAUAGGUAUUUUAUGCAUGCAGCUGCAAGAUCUACAACCAAUGGAAUACAUCGUCUGUGCUGAUACCAUCAGCAAAUCUGCCCACUUGCAUGUUCUCACACAUGCAAACAGACAUAACCCUUUGACCUAAUGUCAGAGCCUCCAAAGUGCUGUAUCUGUCUGGACGAGUUUACCAGCCCUGCUUCCCUCCCCUGCGGACACUGCUUCUGCCUGGGCUGUAUAGGCGAAUACUGGAGGAUCAAUGGGGCCUGUCAGUGCCCACUCUGCAAGGCCUUUUUCCCCACUAGGCCACAGCUGAAAACAGACCAAACAAUCCAUGCUGGUGCCCCGACUGAGGAGGCAGCUGAGCCUUUAAAAGCUGGAGAGGUUCCCUGUGAUCUCUGCGCAGUGAAGCACAGAGCGGUCAAGUCCUGUCUGGAAUGCCUGGCCUCAUACUGUCCCGCUCAUCUGGAGCCACAUUACCGGAGCGAAGAUCUUGGGUGCCAUCUUCUGAUCAGUGUGGUAAAGAACCUGGAGGACUCUGUGUGUAGACUGCAUGGAAAGCAGCUGAACAGAUUCUGUAGGAGUGACCGAACUUGCAUCUGUGCCAUGUGCGCCCAGACAGAACACAGGGGCCAUCACAUCAUUUCUAUCAACAAGGAAGCUGCAAAGAAGAAGGUUAAGCUAAAAUGGAGAAGGGUGAAACUUCAGCAAGCCAUUCAAGAGAGACUGAGUAAAGUUGACAAAAUGAAGCUCUCUGUAGACCUCAGUGGAGAAAACCCUAAAGAGGCAUUGGCACAAAAUAAAGAGCUCAUCAGACAACUGGAGGAAGAAAUCUCUGAGCUGCAGAGCAGAAACACUGAGCUGGAGCAGCUCUCACAGAAUGAAGACGACCUCCACUUCCUACAGAUGUGCGCCAUGGUCAAAAGUCAACAUAUAAUUCAAUGAAAUCACAUUUUUUUUGUUUUAAUACGCAGUAUUUUUUACAUUAAACACUGCCACUGUUCCUUUAAUGCACACUCGCUCGCUCUCGUCUCUACAUACAUUUCUUUACACUGCUCCAUCUUACUGUUUGGACAAGCAUGAUGAUUUACCUUUUUAGAGCAGGGAUCUUCAACAGGGGGUCCGGGACCCCCAGGGGGUCCUC